AAAGCUUUUAUUAAAUUGAAUUCAAAUUCACCAGCGGCCGUGUGGGGGUAGGAUUUGUAGUCGUGUCCCCAGAACAUUGAACAGGACCAAUCCAGUGGCAUUCGCCCCGCACCAAGUCACUAAGACUGACAAACUGCGGGAAGUCCUAAAUAUUGUUGAAGGUUACAAACGACCUUGGUAAACAUGUCUUAAUUGCGGUACCGCCUUUUGCACCUAAUUACGAAAGUGAAAGUGGUGAUCAGAAAUUGCAGCAACAAACCGGCUUUAAAUGGCCUCAAGGAAACAGCUGGAAAAUUUGACCAAAGAUGUUUCCUGCUCGAUCUGCCUGGAUUUUUUUGAGGAGCCGGUGUCUCUGGACUGCGGGCAUGUGUUCUGCCGAGUCUGCAUUCUGGUGUUUUGGGAGUCUGGGAACUGCUCUUGUCCGGAGUGUCGUCUCCUGUGUCCGGGCAAGGUCCUGAGGCCCAGCAGGCGGGUGGCGAAUAUCGCGGCCAGUAUCCGCUCCUUGACGGUCACGCUGAGAGAGAGGGAGAACGGCGAGGGGCCGAAGGGGCUCUGCGGGACCAGGCAGCGCAGCGGGGAUGCAACUGAGCGUCUCCGUCCCAACACUCGACAGAUCCAGAAAAGGGUAAAGGAGCUCAUGCGCCAUUUCGAAGUUGAAUUUGCUGAACUGCAUCAAAUUCUUAACCAAGAAGAAGAGGAGGUGAAAAAAAGACUCAACCAGAGAGAGCAAGAAAUAUUGUACAGGCGGGGGAGCAGCACCAGAGCAACUACUGAAAUGAAUCCUUCCUUCAAACAAGUGAUGUGGAAUUUUCUGCAGGAGAUGAAAACAAUUCUUAGUGGAUCCAGUGAUGAAAUCAGACAAGAAAACGAAGUUUCUAUCAAUAUGCUGAUUGGUGAAUUUGGAGGACCCCUUCAAUACAUAGUGUGGAAGCAGAUGAGAAAAUCAAUUAAACCAGCAUUGAUCCGUUGGACUCUGUGUCCAAACUCCGCUCACCCCAGUCUCAUCUUGUCUGAAGGCAUGACCAGGGUAAGAGUUGGGUAUAUGCAGCAGCAUCUCCCAGACAAUCCAAAACGGUUUCAACGUCGUAUCUGUGUGCUGGGGUCGCAAGGAUUUACAUCAGGGAGACACUACUGGGAGGUCGAGGUGGAUCAGGGAGCCAAGUGGACGCUUGGUGUAGUGAAAGAAUCGGUACACAGAAAAGAGCUCAAAGAUCUGACCAUAUGGAAUGGCUACUGGGUCAUCAGUCCUCAAACGACCAAUUGGUUGCAAUGGUUGCUGGGAUUCUUUGCGCAGGGGGAAAGAGCUUCACAACAGGUUAAUCACCUCACACUUCAAGUGAAUCCAAAAAAGGUUGGCAUUUAUUUGGACUGUGAGGGGGGGCAGGUGUCAUUUUACAAUGCGGAGAACAUGUCUCACUUGUACACACACAGCGGGGCAAUGAAAGGAAAACUGUUGGCUUUCUUUUCACCCGGAACUGCCUCAAAUAAUCAACUGAAGCUCCUUCAGGUGUCAUCGUAAAUCUGACUUGUCUUGAGUUUUAUUGCAGGGACAGUCAUGCUGGAGAAUCACUGAAAAAAAUUUGGAUUUAAUGUCCUUAUUUUAAAGUCAUGUUGUGAAUUUAAAAAAACACAACAAAUAUUCCUUUGCUACCACCCAGAGUUAUCUUGUGGAUGUUUUUGGAAUCAUUAAAAGAGUAAUUGACUUUGAACUGGAAUAAACUAUUGCUGUUCUUG